UAUAUAUAUCUAUGACUGCCCUGCCCUACUGCGGUCCGUUUUUAAGUCUCUGAUUGGCUGCAUUCAUUACGGAAGUAAAUAGUCUUCUGCAAUAGUCGGAAAUGCUUUGAUGUUUUAAAGUAACGUGGAGUUUAAACAAUAUAAAUAGACACUGAAGAGUCACAUAACAACUUCAGAUAUGAGAAGAGUCACGCUGUUUGUAAAUGGAACCUCACACAAUGGGAAGGUGGUAGCCGUUUAUGGAUCUCUAGCUGAUCUACUGUCAGUUGCAAGCACAAAAUUUGGAAUAAAAGCUGCAAACAUUUACAAUGGGAAAGGAGGACUUAUUGAUGAUAUAGCUCUCAUCAGAGAUGAUGAUGUCUUGUAUAUAUCGGAGGGAGACUCUUUUGUUGAUCCACCAAAUAACCCAGACAGUCCACAUGAGUUUCAUUCCUGGGCGCACACAGAUUGGAUCACCCUCAAUGUGGGAGGCCGGCGGUUCACAACCACACGGAGCACUUUGGUCAAAGAACCGGAGAGCAUGUUGGCUCACAUGUUCAGAGACAAGGAUGUUUGGGGAAACAAACAGGACGAGCAAGGGGCGUAUCUCAUCGAUCGGAGUCCAGACUACUUUGAGCCCAUAUUGAAUUACCUGAGGCACGGACAGCUGAUUAUCAAUGACGGCAUCAAUCUGCUGGGUGUGCUUGAAGAAGCUCGUUUCUUUGGAAUCGAACGUCUUGCUGAGCAGCUUGAAGGAGUUAUUAAGAAUUCCCAGCCUCCUGACGAUCACUCGCCCAUCUCCCGCAAAGAGUUUGUGCGAUUUCUGCUUGCCACUCCAACGAAAUCAGAGCUUCGAUGUCAGGGUCUGAAUUUCAGUGGGGCGGAUCUCUCUCGUCUUGACCUACGUUACAUCAACUUCAAGAUGGCCAACCUCAGCCGCUGUAACCUCACACACGCCAACCUCUGUGGUACCAACCUGGAGAGGGCAGACCUCUCCAACGCCAAUCUAGACGGUGCCAAUUUACAGGGCGUGAAAAUGCUUUGCACCAAUGCAGAAGGGGCGUCUCUUAAAGGCUGUAAUUUUGAAGAUCCCGCAGGACUCAAAGCAAAUCUAGAGGGUGCCAAUCUAAAGGGGGUGGAUAUGGAGGGCAGUCAAAUGACGGGUAUAAACCUCCGCGUGGCCACGCUGAAGAACGCCAAACUCAAGAACUGUAACUUGCGGGGCGCCACUUUGGCAGGAACCGACCUGGAGAACUGUGACCUGUCCGGCUGUGACCUUCAGGAGGCGAACCUGCGGGGCUCCAACGUGAAGGGGGCCAUUUUUGAGGAGAUGCUGACGCCACUGCACAUGUCCCAGAGUGUCAGAUAGCCAGCCGCUGAUGUCCUCCUUCAGUAAGACUGCAGCCUCUUCACGGAGCAGCUUUAAUUAAAAACCUACCUGCAAACCUAAUGACUGUCAUGUGACCUUAAGCCUGUUGAUAUUAUUUGGUCAUGUGUUGCCUCAAGAACAUUUAUUUUGCAUUAUUGUUGAUGGUGUUUACUGUAUUUCUCAAUGCAAGAUUUUUUUUUCAUGUUGUGACUUUAUGCAUUACAUUUGUCCAAAGCUUCUACAUGUGUCACUGCUGGUCUGUGAACUGAACAACGGGAAUUUGUGUUACUGCAUUUGAUUCAGAUUUAGGAAUGUGGCUUUUCUGUGAAUGUGCAAUUUUAUACCUUUUCAUACUUGCUGGUUUUACACUGUUUUGCUCGUUUCACUGUUUACAUGGCUUUUUCUGGACUGUGUCUGCAUGCAAAAAACGUAAACAUCAGCCAGAAACCUGCUAGAUUGAUGUCACCAGCCCUGUCAUGAUCCAAUAAAGUCAAACACUGGAGAUUCAAA